CCGAAACACCGACCGACACGCAAUUCAGUUUUUCCAUCAUAUUCUAUGGUGGUAGCCGGUAACCUAUAAUUGCUGCGACCCUGUGAUACACUAAUUACAAGUGAUAUUUACAAUUUGCGCAUUAAUCCGCGAUCCUCGACUGCGAUCAAACAGUAUUGCGCGACUGUCACGAGAAAUCAGAGACACGAUCAACAAUGGUUGAGGAAUCAGAGCAGCUGCCGCCGAUAGAUGUGAAGGAGCCGCUGGACCUCAUAAAGCUGAGCCUGGAGGAGCGGAUUUACGUGAAGAUGAGAAACGAGAGAGAACUCCGAGGAAAAUUGCACGCCUUCGAUCAACACUUGAACAUGGUGCUGGGCGACGUGGAGGAGAUCAUAAACAUAGUGGAGAUCGACGAGGAAACGUACGAGGAGAUUUAUCGCCAGAAGAAGAGGACCAUUCAGAUGCUGUUUGUGCGCGGCGACGGUGUCAUCCUGGUGUCGCCGCCCACGUAAAAUCAUCGCGACGCAACAUCUCGCGUGUCGUCUGUGUAUGUGUGAAACUAAAACUAUCGAUAUUUUCUAUAUAAUUUACAAUGGGAUUCCGUUUCGUUGAUGUCCAAAAGAUUUACAGUACUCGCGAGCUGGGCACCUGAAAGACUUCACUGGCUGUCACUGUGCUCUAUUUAUGUAUUAUACUACACAUGUUAUAAUACGCUAUAAUUUCAUGUAUAAUUGCAAAAUUAUUACACGAAUGGCCAACUAGCUGAUAAUAAAAGAUGUAUUUUAUA